AUGGUGACAGAUAUGAUUAAUGACUCAUUAGAUAGAACGGGUGGUUCUGUUUCGUCUUCGGAAGUAGAUAAGUUGAUGGAAGAAAUACAGUCUGAAGUUAAUUUAGAUAAUAAAUCUGCUGAAUUAGGUAAACGAAAAGAUCGAGAAAUAGAAGCUAGAUUUAAUAAAUUAAAAAAAGAUCCGACUCCAACUGUGGAAGGUCCAAUUCCAACUGUAGACGAUUUGCGAGAAACACUGAAAAAAUUAAAAGAAGAUGAGAAAAAAAUACUUCAGUCAACAAAACCAAUAGAAUUAGGUUCGUUGAAAUUUGAUGGCAUAGUUAUGGAUUUAGGGGUUUCUUCUAUGCAACUUGAUUCUGGAGAUAGAGGGUUUUCCUUUACUCAUGAUGGUCCACUUGAUAUGAGGAUGAGCAGUACGGGAUAUAGUGCUGUAGAUUUUAUAAAUAAGGCUGAUGAACAAGAAAUAGCUGAUGUGAUUUAUAAAUAUGGUGAUGAAUCUUAUUCUCGAAGAAUCGCUAAAAAUAUUAUAGAACACAGGUUAUUAGAGCCUAUUACCAAUACAGCAAAAUUUGCCCAUAUUGUUCGUAGUAGUAUAGGUUUUCGCAAAGGUAAAAUUGAUACCGCUACUAAGACUUUUCAAGCAAUUCGUAUUUACAUCAAUGAUGAAUUGGGGCAAUUAGAAAGGUUUCUAAGUAAUAGCAAGAAUAUUUUAGCACAAAAUGGUCGCCUAGUAAUUGUCUCAUUUCAUUCAUUAGAAGAUCGAAUUGUUAAAAAUUUUUUAAAAGCAAAUUCUGCUAAAUUAGUUGCUAGGUCUAAAUAUGCGGCAAAAAUUGUAGCUGAAGAAAAUUCUAAGGAAUUGCUUAAAAUUCUUACAAAAAAACCAAUUAUGAUUGAUGCAACUAUUGUGAGAGCACAUGCUUGCUCAUCUGGAUAUAUCAAAGGUAAUCAAGAAGAAGCGGCUUUAGGUAGAAGCAGAGGUGGUUUUAGUACUAAAAUUCAUGCCCUUGUUGAUGCCCUUGGUAAUCCAUUCAAGUUUAUACUAACUGCGCUGAGAUUUUAA